CUCCAAGAAAAAGAACACACAAAAAAACAUAAACAUGGAAGAUGACAACGUUGUUGGCGGUGGGCUAAGAACCCGAUCAAAACUAGCCCCAGAUUGGACAGUGGAAGAAUCAUUAAUAUUGGUAAACGAGGUGACAGCAGUGGAAUCAGACUGUCGUGACACACUGGAAUCUUUCCAAAAAUGGAAAAUAAUAGUCGAAAAUUGUAACGCGUUGGGGGUGAACAGAAACCAAAAUCAGUGUAGAAGGAAGUGGGAAUCUUUAUUAUCUGAUUAUAGAAAGAUUAAACAAUCUUCUUCUAAAAAAGCAGCUACCUUUAAUAAUGAUUUGUUUAACCUUAUUGAAUGGUAUGUUAAGGAAUUUGAAGAUGGUGGGACUAAUCAGGAUAAAGAUUCGGAUGCGGGUUUGGAUUUGGAUGUGGAUGUGAAUAUGGAUAUGGAUGUUGAACCCGAACCGGUUCUGGCUUCAAUUAUGAAAUCUGUAUCAGCAGGUUCAAAGAAAAGAAGGUCAAAGAUAAAAACUCAAAAACAAAGCAAAGAAAUCACUACAAAGCCAAAAAGGCACAACAAAACCGAAGAGAUUGCAGUAGAGGAAUGCAGUUCAAAACCAAAACACCACACUUCAAAUGGAAGCAUGACACCUGAAGAAAUUAGCAGAGAUAUGCAAGAACAAAUACUGGCUGAGAAGCUAAGAGAAAAUGCAGAACUAAUUGAAGCUAUUGUGAAACAGGAUUCGAUGAACAAUGAGUCUACUCAUGACUCAACUAGACGUGAUGGUGAUAGGCUUAUUGAUUGCCUUAGCAAUCUUGUAGUCGCCCUUAAUCAGCUUUCCAAAUUUGUUCAAUAAUUCAUCUUGGAAGUAAACCCCUGUGAAAAGUGGGUUUUGACUCUCAGAGCUUGUAAUAAUAUGGAAAGAAAGUUACUUUGAGUAAUUUAUUAUAGAGGCGACAAUUUUGAUCUA